AUGUUUCCAACUGUCGAAUAUCAGGAAAGAGUGUCGUACUUUGAUCCGCGAUCAAGUUAUGGCAACUUUCGUGGAUUCUUCGUCCUCUUCUGGAUCGGGUUGGCAAUCAUGGUCUUCACUUCUAUGCUGCGCAAUCUGAAAGAGACGGGCACGGUUCUCAACUUCAAGCAAUGGCCUCUGUUCACCAAGGAUAUCGUUGAUCUUGCCAUCAGCGAUUUGUGCAUGUGCGUGACCACAGCACUGAGCUUGAUUUUCAAUCUGGGGUUUGUUAGGAGUAAAGGCAUUCUAAGGUGGAACAGAGCUGGCAUGAUCAUACAGAGCAUCUUUCAGGCAGUCUGGCUAUAUUUCUGGAUAAGCUGGCCUUUUAUGAGAGAUUGGACGUGGACAGCACAGGUCUUCUUCACUCUUCAUACCUUGGUCCUGGCUAUGAAGAUGCAUUCGUAUGCAUUCUACAACGGCCACUUAUCAGUCACAUUGCAACGAUUGAAGGAGCUCGACAUGCCAAUCGGGCCUCAGACACCAACCAACGCAGCUGUGCGAUAUCCGUCUGCCCCCACACGCCUAGCAGAGCUCAAGGCGGCCGCCACUGAGGAUGAGCACGAACAUCAGAAUCUAUCUCCAGUCAUGAUCCUUCGGGAGGACUUGGCUACCGAGCUCACCUCUCCCUUGGGCAACGUCACGUAUCCGGCAAACCUAACCGUUUGGAAUUAUUUCGAGUUCUUGCUCUGUCCCACCCUGUGUUAUGAGAUCGAGUACCCGCGAACGCCUUCUCGAUCCUACCUGGAGCUCUUUUACAAGAUGCUCGCCGUUUUUGGCUGCAUCUUCCUCAUGAUUGUGACAGCCGAAGAAUUUAUCAUCCCGGUUCUUGAUGAAUCCUCCCUCCGCCUACGCCUUUCUCGCACCUGGGUCGAUUCGUCUCUUAUCUUCGCUGAAACAGUCAGCAGAUUACUCUUUCCGUUCAUGGUCACCUUCCUCCUGGUCUUCUUGGUCAUUUUCGAAUACGUCUGCGGAGCAUUUGCAGAGAUUACCAGGUUUGCUGACCGACAAUUCUACUCGGACUGGUGGAACAGCUCGGACUGGCUGGAGUUCAGCAGAGAGUGGAACAUUCCUGUGCACCACUUCUUCCGAAGGCAUGUCUAUAGUGCCAGUCGCAGCGCCAAAAUGUCGAAACCAGCGGCAACGGCGAUAACAUUUCUCAUUUCAGCGCUUGCCCAUGAGUUGAUCAUGGGCUGCAUUACGAGGAAGUUUAGAGGAUAUGGCUUCGUCCUAAUGAUGAUGCAGAUGCCCAUUGUCAUGAUUCAGCGAAUGCCUUGGGUGCGGGAUCGAUCUCUGUUGAACAAUAUCAUGUUUUGGAUAAGCAUGAUUCUUGGAUUGAGCUUGGUGAGUUGCCUCACAUUCGAGAAUUAA